CUCUACUUACAAGUUUUUGAGCCUGGAGUAGUUCAUAAUCAAACCAAUUUUGAGAUUGCAACAUUACAAAAAGAAGAGAGAGUAGGAGGAGGGAAAAAAAAAAAAAAUCUAGAGAGAGAAAAUGGCAUCGCUCACGGCAACGGCGUCCUUCGUAGCCGGCGGCAGGAUCGCGGACCGGCCGUCGAUGAGCCGCCGCCGCCGCAGCAGCGUGGGGGUCGCGGUAGCGGUCGCGGCUGCGAAACUGCAGUCGACCCAAGAAGCUGCGAGCCCCGCGCCCGACGCCGGCAGGGUCGACGGAGGGAGCGGGGGCCGGCGCGCCGCCAUGCUCGCGGCCGCAGCGGCCGCGGUUUGCGCCCUCGGGCAAGGGAUCGCGACUGCCGGCACGGUGCCCAAGCCCGGGACCCCCCAGGCGAAGAAGUUCUACGCCCCGAUCUGCGUUACCAUGCCGACGGCGAGCGUCUGCCACAAGUGAGGGCCUCGAGCACCUGCAUGUAGUUUGCUCACAUUGGUCGAUGGGUCUGUAAUUUGGAGCAUGUAUGAAAAAUAUAUAUAUGUGUGAUUUGUAGCUUUUACUAUUUGCCUUUGUAAUUCAUUUAUGAAUUGUUGGGGCUCUAAUUUAAGUUCUUGUUCGCCGGUGAA